AUGGCAGUCGACGGGGAUCGACAUCAUGCUGUGGUGGCUUUUAACCAGAGCACCUUCCCACGCCUCUACGAUGACACAGCGGAUGGACCGGGGCUGUUCAAACCAUACGACAAGGCUGUAAACACGACACUGUCUGUCGGUCCGAGACUUUUGGGCGACUCGGCGGCUGUCCAAGGGACCGGUGUUGUUGAUCAGCAAACUGAGGAACGAGUAGUGUUCUCGGACGUAUUAAAGAAAGUUCUUAAUGCGUUGCAGCUUCGACGGCCACGAGGCAUCGACGCCAAUUUCGACAAGAUGUUCACACAGGCCGUCCGUGCGUUGAGAGAUCAAGGUGUUGACUACAGCGAUGAAGCACUAUACACGCAGAUAAUGCAAUCCGUACCACGCCACGAGCUGGCGGUACUCCUCUCUUCUAUUGGAAAUGGUGUUGUUGAAAAGGGACAUGUGACCGAAUUGCAGCAAAAGUUCGCUCAAUCGAUCCCUCUCAGCUCUAACGACUUGGUCGACGUGUGGAAGGAGUUGAACCUGAAGCCCCGGACGGUGCUCGAAACUGUUCGGGAUCGGUUAUUUUGUAGAGUGAAGACACCCGCCGACGCUGUGACCCUUGAGGAGAUGGAUAAACAUAUGUUUCUCGAAACCGCACCCGAUAAAACCACUGAUUUAGAGCGUUCCAGGGCGUUUUAUAAUUUUUUGAAGAUGCUGAAGGAACUUCACAAGGACGUGCCUGAAGACUUGGAGAAGCUCGCGCGCCAGUUAAAGGAGCGGUACGACAUGAUCCUACAUACGCGUUUAAACAGUUCUCCGUAUCUGGCCUCUUCAUGA